CAUCGCCCGGCCCCUCGGCGUGGGCGUUUCUCUUCAAAAAAAAAAAUAGACGUCAAAAACAACAAACCCCCACCCCCCGCCGGACGCCGCCGGCUCGACCAUGGCCGCGGGAAACGCCGUGGAGAAUCUCCAGGAGGAAACCACUUGCUCCAUCUGCUUGGAUUUCUUCCGCGACCCCGUCAUGCUCUUGAGCUGCGGCCACAAUUUCUGCCGCCGUUGCCUCGACCGUUGCUCCGCCGACGCGGCCGCCUCCUGCCCCCAGUGCCGGUUACCUUUUCCCCACGGAGGUUUUCUUCCCAACCGUCAGCUGGCCAACGUGGUGGCGAGCGUCCGGGAGCUGACGACGCCGACGCCGGCCGAGCUUUGUCGCCGUCACCGUCGACCCCUCGGUCUGUUUUGUCGCCGGGAUGGGAUCCUGGUUUGCAGCGCCUGCGCCGAGCAUCGCGCCCACCCCACGGUGCCCCUCGAAGAGGCCGCUCGUGAGUACAGGGAGCGGUUCGAAGCUUCCCUAAAAGCCCUGCAAGAGGAGGACGAGCGGCGCGCCGGGCUGGCGGCGGCGGCGGCAGAGGCGAGGCAGGAGAUGCUGACUCGAGUCGAGGCCGAGAAGGAGAAGCUGCUGGAGGUGCUGGAAGGGCUCUGGGAGGCGCUGGGCAAACAGGAGUCGCUGCUCUUGGCCCGUUUGGGUCGCCUGCGCCGAGGGCUGGAGGAGCAGCGACGCGGCGAAGCCGACGAGUUGGCCCGGCUCCGGCAACGCCGCGCGGAGCUUCAGGCCAAGUGCCGGCAGCCGGACGGUGACCUGCUGCGGGAUGCCCAAAUCACUCUGAGCAGGUGCAUGGAGUGGAGGGCGCCGCCGUCGCUGCCGCCGAUGCCGGAGCUGGAAGCGGAGCUUGAGGAUUUUACCCUGAAAACUGACGUGUUGGCAGAGGUGGUGAAGCAGUUUAAAGCCAUCCUGCGCUGCUCCCUGGAGGAAGGCUCGGGGGGAUAUCGGCGAGAAACCGUGACGUUGGACCCGGCCACAGCUCACCCCCAGAUCCUGGUGUCGGCAGACGGCCGGACCGCGGUACGCCGGGAAUCUCCUCCAGCUCCUCUUCCUGCGGGAACGGAGCGCUUCGAGUCCCUCCGCUGCGUUUUGGGUCGGCAGGGCUUCGUGGGGGGUCGGCACCGCUGGGCCGUGGAGGUUCAUCCCGGUCCCGACUGGGCGCUGGGGGUGGCUCGGGAAUUCGUGCCCCGUAAGGGUUACUUCGGUCUCAGCCCCGAACGGGGGAUCUGGGCCGUGGGGCAGUGGUUGGGGCAGCUACGGGCUUUCACCCGGCCGGGCCCCACAUCUCUGCCCCACGUCCGCGUACCCCGAUGCAUCGAGGUGGAUUUGGAUUACGCCGGCGGGCGCGUGGCUUUCCGCGACGCCGACAGCGAGGCCGAGAUCUUCGCUUUCCCCCCGGCCGCUUUCGCCGGCGAACGACUCCGGCCGUUGCUCUGGCUGGGCGAGGGGCCGGCUCUGCUCACCCUUUGCCCCUGAAGCCCCCCCAAAACCAGACUCCAACCCCACCCCCCUUCCACCCCAACAACCGCCCCACCCAAUAAACAGCCCCAACACCCUCCCCCAGCCCCAUUUGCUUUCCCUUUUAACGCUUAAUUUUGCAAAAAUUACACUGAAUUUAGCAAAAUUAAUCACUUUUCACCCUCCCGCUCCUUGCCAGGUUUGCACAGGGUCAAAAUUCCCCUUAAAUACCAUUUUUUCGCAGCUCUGCUGGGUGGUUUUCUAAUAAAAAUAAACCUUUAAAAUAAAAAAAAACACGAAGGGAACGUCUUGCUUUCCACCGCGGCUUCGCGGCGCUCGCUCCCAACCCCUUUUCCCAAAGCAAAGCCCACCCCAAACGCAUGUUUUUCACCCAUUUAAUUAUUAUUUUUCAAAAAGCAGGAGAAAAAAAAAAUUAAAGAUGAGUGGAAAUUGCCCGCAGACCCAGAGCAGAGAUGGGUUUUGCGUGCUGGGGAGCAGGGAUGCACUCAAGGCACUUUAUUUUUUUGCUGAUUUAAUAGUUUUUUAGUGAUUUUUUUCCCCCCCCUUGUGCUGCGUUACCCCAUGAGGAAAUACCCACAAUGGGAAAACAGAUUUUUGCUUUCCCCAGUUGUUUGUCAGCACAAAAAGCCCAGAAAAACAGGAAGGCUCACCCAAAAAGGGGAAAAAAAAAAAAAAGCACAAUUUGAGGAAGAAAAAGGGCCGUGCUGCUGGCAGACGCCCUCGUAGGAGGGGUUUGCAGGAAGUUUCUGCUUCAGAUUUGCAGAGAAAUUAGGGGAAAUGGGAUAAAAGGACAUUUUGCGCCUCCCAGGAUCGGCUUCCUUGUGGUUUUGCAAUCGCCGCCGGGAUGGGAGCAGGGAGAGAGGCCACGGGUGGGAUUUAAUCCCCUGUUUUGCCCCCUAUGAGAAUAGAAGGGGGGAAAAAAAUAAACAAAACCAGCAUCUCGAGGCCGUGGGAAGCAGUUAUUAGGGUUAAACCACAAAAUAAAGCGUUCUUAUCAGGCGGGACCGGGCAGGUCGCUGCCUCUUACGGCCCCCGUCGUUCCGCCUCCGCUGCCAGAUUCGCCUCCCCGUCCGCAAGAGACUCGCGGCGUCGGGUCAAAAAGAGAUGAGAAACCACCACGAAAACCAGCUGCUUUGAUCUUCAGGGCUUGAAUUUUAAAUAAAGCCCCUGUGAAACCCGCAGAUCACCGCUAAACCUAAAUUACAGCCCAGGUCAGUUGCUUAAUUAGUCAUUUCCCCGCUCGGGUCACGGCGAGGAAGGCGGCGGCUCCCUCGAGAGCUCGGUACGGCACGAGGUCCGGCGACAUGUCGCGAGCGUAAAUCAAAGCGCUUCUCGGCGGCGCCCCGCUCCGACGGGCGAGCUUCUGGCGCUCCGUUUCACCCAGAAAAACCUUC